ACUUCUCUUUUUUUUCUGCCCUUCCUGGCUUUGGCGGCUCUCCUGAGGUAGCUCAGUAGCACCUGGAGCCCUGCGGUUCUUGCUCCUUUCAGCCAUGACUAGCAAAUUCUUUCUGUUGACAGCCCUGGCCUUAUGUCAUGGGUUCAACCUGGACGUGGAAAAUGCAAUGACCUUCCAAGAGAAUGCAAGGGGUUUUGGACACAGUGUGGUCCAGUUUGAGGGAUCAAGGGUGGUGGUUGGAGCCCCCCAGGAGAUAAAGGCUCCCAACAAAACUGGCAUCCUCUACCAGUGUGACUACAGCAUGGGCAAGUGUGAGCCCAUCCCCCUGGAGGUCCCCUUGCAGGCUGUGAAUAUGUCCUUGGGCCUGUCUCUGGCAGCCACUACUACCCCCUCCCGUCUGUUGGCCUGCGGCCCCACUGUGCACCUAAUCUGCAAGGAGAACAUCUAUCUGAAUGGCUUCUGCUUCAUGUUUGGAUCUAACCUACUUCAGCAGCCCCAGACGUUUCCUGAGACCCUUGCUGGAUGUCCUCGACUGGAGACUGACAUUGCCUUCUUGAUUGAUGGUUCUGGUAGCAUCAGCCCAAAUGAGUUUGAGCAAAUGAAGAAGUUUGUCUCAACUGUGAUGGACCAAUUCAAAACGUUCAAAACCUUGUUCUCUUUGAUGCAGUACUCCGAAAAGUUCUGGACCCAUUUCACCUUCAAGGAUUUCGAGAAAAAUCCCAACCCAAGAUCGCUGGUGACACCAAUAAGACAACUGUCGGGGAGGACACACACUGCCACAGGAAUCCGCAAAGCAGUAAGGGAACUGUUUCACAGCAGCAACGGGGCCCGGGAGGAUGCCCGUAAGAUCCUAGUUGUCAUCACAGAUGGAGAAAAGUAUGGUGAUCCCUUGGGCUACGAGGAUGUCAUUCCCGAAGCGGACAGAGAAGGGGUCGUCCGCUAUGUCAUUGGGGUGGGAGAUGCCUUCAGUAGUGAGAAAAACCGUGAAGAGCUUAGAACCAUCGCAUCCAAGCCAUCUUCUGAACACGUGUUCCAGGUGAAUAACUUUGAAGCUCUGAAGACUAUUCAAAACCAGCUGAAAGAAAAGAUCUUUGCAAUUGAGGGUACUCAGACAGGAAGCACCAGCUCAUUUGAGUAUGAGAUGUCUCAGGAAGGCUUCAGUGCUGCCAUCACUUCUAAUGGUCCCUUGCUGGGUGCCGUGGGGAGCUUUGACUGGGCUGGUGGAGCUUUUUUGAGAACUUCAAAGGAUAAAGCCACCUUCAUCAGCACAACCAGGGUGGAUUCAGACAUGAAUGAUGCUUACUUGGGUUAUGCUGCCGAAGUCAUCCUGAGAAAUUGGGUACAGAGUCUGCUUCUGGGGGCACCUCGAUAUCAACAUACUGGUAUGGUGGUGAUGUUCAAACAGGAUGCUGGAACCUGGAAGACCAAUGGUGUUGUCAAGGGGAGCCAGAUCGGCUCCUACUUUGGGGCCUCCCUCUGCUCCGUGGACAUGGACAUAGAUGGCAACACCGACCUGAUCCUCAUCGGGGCCCCCCAUUACUAUGAGCAGAGCCGGGGGGGCCAGGUGUCUAUCUGCCCCUUGCCCCGGGGGCAGCGGGCCAAGUGGCAGUGUAAGGCUGUUCUCUUGGGGGAGCAGGGCCAUACUUGGGGCCGCUUUGGUGCAGCCCUGACAGUGCUGGGGGACGUAAAUGGGGACAAGUUGACAGACGUGGCCAUUGGAGCACCAGGGGAGCAGGAGAACCGAGGUGCCGUCUACAUAUUUCUUGGAGCAUCAGGGCUGGGCGUCAACCCCUCCCACAGCCAGCGGAUUGCAGGCUCCCAGCUGUCUCCCAGGCUCCAAUAUUUUGGUCAGUCACUGAGUGGUGGCCAGGAUAUCACACUGGAUGGUCUGGUGGACCUGGCUGUAGGAGCCCAGGGGCAUAUGCUGCUGUUCAGGUCCCAGCCGGUAUUAAGAGUCGAGGUGACCAUGGAGUUCACACCCAGAGAAGUGGCAAGGAAGGUAUUUGAGUGUCACGGACCGGUGGCGAGAAACCAGAAUGCUGGGGAGGUCAGAAUCUGCUUCCGUGUCCGCAAAAUCACACGGGACCGACUGACAGUAGGAGAGAUCCAAAGCAUUAUCACUUAUGACCUGGCUCUGGAUGCUGGCCGCCCAAAUCCCCGUGCCGUCUUUGAUGAGACAAAGAACUCUACAUAUAGACAAACACAGACCUUGGCAUUGAUGGAGAAUUGUGACACCCUGAAGCUACAGUUACCGGAUUGUGUAGAGGACCCAGUGACUCCCAUUGUCCUGCGCCUCAACUUCUCUCUGGAGGGGCGGCCCUCACCCUCUUUCGGGAAUCUCCGGCCAGUGCUGGCUAUGGAUGCUCAGAGACUCUUCACAGCCUUGUUCCCCUUUGAGAAAAAUUGUGGCAAUGAUGGUAUCUGCCAGGAUGACCUCAGCGUCACCUUCAGUUUUAUGAACCUGGACACACUGGUGGUGGGUGGUUCCCGGGACCUCAAUGUGACUCUGACUGUGAGAAACCAGGGCGAGGACUCCUACAGGACUCAGGUUGCCUUCUUCUACCCACCUGGCUUGUCUUAUCGGAGAGUGUCAGGGGCCCAGAACCAGCGCUCACAGAGAUUCUGGCGCCUGUCCUGUGAGUCUGGGCCCUCCCAUGAAGGGCCUGGGACCCUGAAGAGCGUCAGCUGCAACAUAAACCACCCCAUCUUCCCAGGCAACUCCGAGGUCACCUUUAAUACCACUUUCGAUGUGGACUCUGAUGCUUCUUUUGGAAACAAAUUACUCCUCAAAGCCAAUGUGACCAGUGAGAACAACAUGCCCAAGACCAAAAAAUCUGAAUUCCAGCUGGAACUGCCUGUGAAAUAUGCUGUCCACACAGUGGUCACCAGCCUUGAGCACUCUACCAAAUAUCUCAACUUCACAGCCUCAGAGAGCACCAGCCGGGUUGUGGAGCAUCAAUAUCAGUUCAGUAACCUGGGGGACAGGAGCGUAUCCAUCAGUGUGGUCUUCUGGGUCCCCGUUCUGCUGAACCAGGUGAAGGUGUUGAAAGAACUCCAGGUUGACUUCUCCCAGAACAUCUACAAUUCAUCCUACACUGAAGAAAGAUUUCCUCCUCACACUGACUUCCUGGCUGAGAUUAAGAAGACCUCAGUUGUGAACUGCUCUAUUGCAGUCUGCAAGAGAAUACAGUAUGACAUCCCUUCCUUCAGCAUCCAGGAAGAAUUCACCGUCACCCUCAAAGGCAACCUCUCAUUUGACUGGUAUAUCAAGACUUCGAAUAACUACCUCCUGGUUGUGAGCACAGCUGAGAUCUUGUUUAACAAUUCGGUGUUUACCCUGCUUCCAGGACAGGAGGCAUUUGUGAGGGCCCAGACACAGACCAAAGUGGAGCAGUAUGAAAUUCACAACCCUGUACCGCUUAUUGUGGGCAGUUCCGUGGGGGGACUGUUGCUUCUGGCCCUCAUCACCGUGGGACUGUACAAGCUUGGCUUCUUCAAACGGCAGUACAAGGACAUGAUGAGUGAAGCUGCUCCUCAAGCGGCCCCACCCCAGUAACGGCUCCUUCCCUACUGAGCAACUUCUGCAAGGAGCAGAUCUUUGGUCAGGCCAUCGUGCAGGCCCCCAGGCUGCUGGACAGACAUAUCCAUUAGGAGAUUGGAGUUGUGACGUCUAACCCAGAAAAGACCUGCUUGAGUUUCCAUUAGUGUGUGUGUGUAUGUGUGCAAAUGUGUGUGAGGGUGUAUGACUCAGAUGUCUAUUGCAUAGAGGCAAAUGCCUUCAGCACAACCUCUCUGGCUGAAGAGAAUUGCUUGGGCUUCCUUGUCUGUGUGGGUGAAGACACUGUUGGGCCUUCCAGGAUGGAAGUGAUGGCAGCUCUUGUGGGUAAAAAUAAAGAGAAGCACAACAGAUCCUCUCUUAAGUGAAAACUUCCUUCAUGGGCGAGUGCACAGUCCUGCAGGGGCCUGUGCUGCUGGGACUGAGCUGCCGUGGAGAAGCCACUGGUGGAGCCAGGUGCUGGUCAGCCAGCAUGAGCCUGUCCCAGCCCAUCGCACACUCCAGCUGAUGGGCUCAAUAAACAUGUCAAAUGAGCAAUGAUAGACCUCCCUUUAUCUAUUCUUUCAUUUGUUAUUUUAAUGUUACUUCUAUUUUUUUUGUAUUGAUAAACCUGUCUAUGUAUAAAAAUCAAAAGAAGUGCAAGAGUAUAUGGUGAAAAUCCUCUCCCCCACCCCCACCUCCACACCAUUCAAGCCCCUUCCUUACAGGCAGCCAAUGUUAUGUAUUUUUGGGUCUCCUUCAGAAAGAUUCUAAGCCUAUGCAACAUACAUACACACAGGUUCAUGCACAGGCCCACACCUAAGCGUUUUCACACAAAUGGCAGUAUUAUUUAUGCAGUUCUUCACUUUGCUUUUUCUUUAAUAUAACUCAGACAUUGCUUUAUAUCAAGACAUAAAUUGACUUUUAAUUAUUUUGUACAGCUGCAUAGUAUUUCUUGGUGUGUGUGUCUCAUAACAUAUUUAAUCAGUCUCCUUUUUGAUGUAUUAUUUCCAAUCUCUUGCUAUUACAAUAAUGCUGAAAUAAUAAAUUGAAUAUAUGUGAUUUUUAUAUAU